AAAGCAGGGGACAGUGGAGGCAGGUCCCAUUGUAAGCCAUGGCACUGCGGGGCCAACUACUCUCCCUGCUGACUCUGCUGCUGUCAGUGACAGAAUCACAAGCCCAGACUGCUCCAGUCUGUGGACAGGCUGUCCUCAACACCAGGAUCGUUGGGGGCCAGUCUGCCCAGCCGGGGUCCUGGCCCUGGCAGGCCAGUCUGCGUCUGAAUGGGGGUCACACAUGUGGGGGGACCCUCAUCAACAGCCAGUGGGUGCUGACGGCUGCUCACUGCUUCGGGAGCCCCAUAACUCCAAGUCAGUGGACAGUGUAUCUGGGAGUGACAGACACAGGCUCUAGCACCAACACAGUGUCCAGCAAGGUCCUGCAGAUCAUCAGGCAUCCAAACUAUGACUCUUCAACCAACAACAAUGACAUCGCCCUGAUGAAACUGAACAGUUCUGUCUCCUUCAACAACUACAUCCAGCCCGUCUGUCUGGCUGAUACCAGCAGCUCCUUCUACAAUGGGACCAGCUGCUGGGUCACUGGCUGGGGAGACACAGUUGAAGGUGGGACAACUCUACCCUCGACCCUGCAGGAGGUCCAACUGCCCAUCAUUGGGAACAGACAGUGUGGGUGUCUGAAUGAUGUGGUCUUCGGAGCGAACAGUGUCACUGGCAACAUGAUCUGUGCGGGAGUGCUGGAGGGAGGCAAAGACUCCUGCCAGGGAGACUCAGGGGGUCCCCUGGUCUGCAAGCAGGGCUCUGCCUGGGUUCAGGCUGGUAUUGUGAGUUUCGGUUAUGGCUGUGCCCGUCCCAGUCUCCCAGGGGUGUACACCAGGGUGUCACAGUACAAGGACUGGAUUAACGGACAAGUGGGGUCGGGAGACACAGGUUUUGUGACCUUUACCUCCAGUGGCACAGACGCCGACAGCAGCUUUACCUGUAGUCCUACAGUUACUACAAGAGCACCACUGACUACUCCUGUCACUCCAUCAAUCACUUACCCGACCCCUCCACCAACUCCCAUAGCACCAAAUGAGUGUGGGAAGGUGCCCCUCAAUCCCAGGAUCGUAGGGGGGAACCCUGCCCAGGAGGGGUCCUGGCCCUGGCAGGCCAGCCUGCAUUACUAUGGGCAACACAUGUGUGGAGGAUCCCUGAUCAACCAGCAGUGGGUCCUGACGGCUGCACACUGCAUCUCAGACCCCCUGAACACCUAUCCGUGGACAGUGUACCUGGGCCGGCUGACACAGUUUAGCUCCAGCCCCAACGAACUGUCCAGGUCGGUCCAGCAGAUCAUUGUGCAUCCUGCCUACAACUCUGUCACCGAGGACAACGACAUCGCCCUGAUGAGACUGAGCAGCCCUGUCUCCUUCACCAGCUACAUCCAGCCCAUCUGUCUGGCCGACAACAGCAGCUCAUUCUACAAUGGGACCAGCUGCUGGGUCACUGGUUGGGGCUACACAGCUGAGGAUGGAGCUACUCUACCCACGACCCUGCAGGAGGUCCAGCUGCCCAUCAUUGGGAACAGGCAGUGUGGGUGUCUGAACGAUGUGGUCUUUGGAGCGAACAGUGUCACUGGCAACAUGCUCUGUGCUGGAGUGCUGCAGGGGGGCAAGGACUCCUGCCAGGGAGACUCAGGGGGUCCCCUGGUCUGUAAGCAGGGCCCUUCCUGGGUUCAGGCUGGUGUUGUGAGUUUCGGAGAGGGUUGUGCCCAGCCCAAUUUCCCCGGUGUGUACACCAGAGUGUCCCAGUACAAAGAUUGGAUUAACACUCAGGUGGGAUUGGCCACUCCGGGCUUUGUGACCUUCAGCUCCAACAGCACAGACCCUGACAAGAACUUCACCUGCUCUCCAUUCAAAAUUACUCCAGUAGCCCCCAGUGAGUGUGGAAAAGCCCCUCUCAGUACCAGGAUUGUGGGGGGUGUCUCUGCCCCAGAGGGGUACUGGCCCUGGCAGGUCAGCAUAUAUUACUUUGGGUAUUACAGAUGUGGAGGAUCCCUGAUCAACCAGCAGUGGGUGCUGACGGCUGCAACCUGUGUCUACUCAGCCUGGACAAGUGAGCUGAAGGUGUACCUGGGCAGACAGACACAGGCGGGCCCCAACCCCCAGGAAUUAUCCAAGAAGGUUAAGCAAGUGAUUCUGCACCCUGGCUAUUCCAGUUCAAACAACGACAUCGCACUGCUUGAACUGCGCAGUCCUGUCACCUUCACCAACUACAUCCAGCCCAUCUGUCUGGCAGCCAACAGCAGCUCUUUCUACACUGGGACCAGCUGCUGGGUCGCUGGCUGGGGUUUCACAUCUGAAUUCAUGUCUCUCCCAGGGAACCAGACCCUGCAGGAGGUGCAGCUGCCCAUCAUUGGGAACAGGCAGUGUGGGUGUCUUUAUGAUUUGAACUACGGACCAGGCUCGGUCAAUGACAGCAUGAUCUGUGCUGGACAGCCGAAUGGAAGCAAGGAUACCUGCAGGGGAGAUGAAGGGGGACCCCUGAUCUGUAAGCAGGGCUCUUCCUGGGUGCAGGCUGGUAUUGUGAGGCCAGGAGAGGGCUGUGGCCAGACUGGCCUUCCUGGAUUGUAUACCAGGGUGUCCCAGUAUGAAGACUGGAUUUAUCAGAUGGUUGGGAUGGCCACUCCAGGCUUUGUCACCUUCAGUUCCAAUGGCUCAGAUCCUGAGAGGAACUUCACUUGCAGUCCCCCAAGCAGUACCCCAAUAUCUUCAAGCGAGUGUGGGCGGGCACCUCUCCGUACCAGAAUUGCAGGGGGCCAAUCUGCCCAGGAGGGGUACUGGCCCUGGCAGGCCAGUCUGCAUUACUCUGGGUACUAUAUGUGCGGUGGGUCUCUGAUCAACCAUCAGUGGGUGCUGUCUGCUGCAGGCUGCGUCUACAGGAUCAGUGAUAACAGACAGUUGACAGUUUAUCUGGGCAGGCAGAACCAGAUGAAUUCUAACCCCAGCGAAGUGUCUAGGAAGGUCACACGGGUCAUUCUGCACCCUGACUUCAACUCUACGACCUUCACGAAUGACAUCGCCCUGCUGAGACUGCAAACCCCUGUCAACUUCACCAACUACAUCCAGCCCAUCUGUUUGGCUGACAAGAGCAGCUCUUUCAGCACUGGUACCAGCUGUUGGGUCACUGGCUGGGGCAACACAGAUGACUAUAGUUUUUAUGCCCAGAUUCUACAGGAGGCCCAGGUGCCCAUCAUGGGAAACAGGCAGUGUGGGUGUCUGUAUGCUGAGGCCUUUGGAGUGAACAGUAUCACUGAAAACAUGAUCUGUGCAGGAGUACCGGAUGGGGGGAAUGCCACAUGUCUGGGAGACUCAGGAGGUCCCCUAGUCUGCAAACAGGGCUCUGCCUGGAUUCAGGCUGGUGUUGUGAAAUACAGAGAUGGCUGUACUCCUUCCAGUCUCCCUGGUGUGUAUACCAGGGUGUCCCAGUACCAAGACUGGAUUAAUGAGCUGGUUUGGUCAGCCACUCCAGGACUGCUUACCUUCACUUCAAAUGGCACCGACACUGAUAGCAAUUUUACUUGUAGCGCACUGGGCACAACUCCAGUUACGCCAAGUGAGUGUGGAAAGGCGCCCCUCAGUCCCAGGAUUGUGGGGGGUGACUCCGCCCCAGAGGGGUACUGGCCCUGGCAGGCCAGCCUACAUCAUUAUGGCCAACACAUAUGUGGAGGGUCCCUGAUCAACCACCAGUGGGUGCUGACAGCUGCACACUGUGUCAAUGGGAUCUCUGACGGACGUCAGCUGACAGUGUAUCUGGGCAGGCAAUCACAACUUGGAUCAAACACUCAUGAAGUGUCCAGAAUGGUCACAAUGGUCAUCCCGCACCCCGGGUAUUCCAAUUUCGACAAAGACGUCGCCCUACUUAGACUAAACAAGCCUGUUUCCUUUACUGCCUACAUCCAGCCCAUCUGUCUGGCAAGCAAUAUCAGUUCCUUCCAAAACAGCACCCAGUGUUGGGUCACUGGCUGGGGCAACAUAGCUGAGGGAGGUGAGCAUGCUCUAUUGACAUAAAUCCCUUGUUGAAGAGAAGGCAAUGGGUAGGAAUGGGGCCUGCUUUAUUUGUUAAGCAUAGUUGGCA